GUGGCUUGUUUGUUGUUUAUUUGUUUUCGUACCAGCUUCCCAGGAUGUGGCUCCUUUCCAACACUUUGUGGCAGCCGUCCUUCUUGUCAGGGAGCAAAACAGUGGUGGCCACAAAGCAAGCCUUUCUUUUGGCCUUUGCAAGCAUUCUGCUUGGUUAUCCCUGAGCAAGGGCUGUGGACGGACAAAGUAUUUACUGUUCCUGGGAGAUGGCAAUUACCUUGUCAGUAAAACAGAUAGCCCAUGCUGCUGGCUCUGGCCUUGACUGGCUUAUCAUCAUAAGAGUUACGGGCAGCAUUGCUCGCUUCCCGGAGCUUAUCACGGCUGCUUUGCGGCAGACUGGGGGAAAGAUGCUCUGGGACUGGGACAUCAGGGUGGUGGGUCUCCUCCUGGCACCAUCCAUCUGAUACAGCGUUGCCUGAGUCUUCUUCAUGCAGAGUCUGUCCUGCUUAACCUGGAGGCUGGUUCCCCAAAGUGACAGCGGGGUCCCCGUAGCCAUCUUCGCUCACGAAGAGGCCAUGGCUGCCUAGCGGGAGCACGGGGGUUGGCAGGACGGAGAUGGCGGCGCAGAGGAUCCGGGCGGCCAACUCGGGUGGCCUGCCACGGUGCAAGUCGGAGGGGACGCUCAUCGACCUCAGCGAGGGCUUCGCUGAGACCAGCCUCUGCGAUGUCAAAGUGCCUUCUCCUAGUGCCUUGCUGGUUGACAAUCCCAUGUCCUUUGGAAAUGCCAAGGAAGUAAUAGCAAUCAAAGAUUACUGUCCAACUAAUUUCACCACUUUGAAGUUCUCCAAGGGGGAUCAUCUUUAUGUCUUAGACACAUCGGGAGGUGAGUGGUGGUACGCUCACAACACUAUGGAAAUGGGUUACAUCCCUUCUUCCUAUGUCCAGCCUGUAAACUACCGCAACUCUUCCUUAACGGACAGUGGUAUGAUAGACAAUCUACUGGAGAGCCCUGAUGAGGGGGUCAAGGAGUUAGACCUGCUUGGGGAAUGGACUGAUGUGAAAAGAAACUCUGUAAAAACCUACAAUAACAACCCAUUCUUGAAUGGAGUCCAGACAAACCCAUUUCUGAAUGGGAGUUUGCAAACAGUGCCCAGUUCAGACAAAGAGUCCAACUCCAACAUUGCUGUUGACUUGCUGCUCUUUGACACGGGGGCUCCUACUUCAGCUGUUUCCAGUUCGGCUGCUAAUAGCAGCCUGGGUAACAUUUUUGAUGAGUUUCCAUCCACGAACAGGCUGGAUUUGGAACAGCCUGUGAAAAGGGAUAAUCCCUUCUUCAGAAGUAAACGCUCCUACAGUUUGUCUGAACUGUCUGUUCUUCAAGCCAAGUCAGAUGCUCCAGCAUCGUUGGGUUUCUUCAGUGGUCUGAAGUCUCCCACCCCUGAGCAGUUCCAGAGUCGGGAAGAUUUUAGGACAGCAUGGCUGAACCACAGGAAGCUGGCUCGGUCUUGCCAUGACUUGGAUUUGCUUGGUCAAAAUCCUGGCUGGGGUCAGACGCAACCAGUGGAGACCAACAUUGUCUGCAAACUGGAUAGCUCUGGUGGAGCUGUUCAGCUUCCAGACACCAACAUCAGCAUCCGUGUACCAGAGGGCCAUGUGUGCCCUGGGGAGACACAGCAGAUCUCCAUGAAGGCAAUGCUGGAUCCACCACUGGAGCUGAACAGCGACAAGUGCAGCACCAUCAGCCCGGUCCUGCAGAUCAAACUCAGCAAUAUGGAGGUGAAAACCUUCAUCCUUCUGGAGAUGAAGGUGUCAGCAGAGGUCAAGAAUGAUAUCAUGAGCAAGAGUCUGGUAGGACUACAGUGCCUGCGGAGUGACAUGAAAGAGGGGCCAUACACACCAAUGCAGCUGAGCUAUUCCUAUGGGGACACGAUCCAGGUGCAGCUGGAGAACCUGGAGCCUUGCAUGUACAUUGCGGCUGUAGCCCAGGGCCAGAACAUCCUAUACCCUUACACUGUUUGGGAUUACAUCAGCAAGAAAAUCACAGUUGGUCUGUACGGCCCAAAACACAUUCAUCCUUCCUUUAAAACCGUUGUGGCUCUAUUUGGGCAUGAGUGUGCACCCAAGACUCUCCUGGUGAACGAGGUCACAAGACAGUCACACAGCCCAGCUCCUGUUGCCCUCCAGCUCUGGGGUAAGCAUCAAUUUACUCUGUCCCGGCCUCAGGAUCUCAAGAUCUGCAUGUUCUCCAACAUGACCAACUAUGAGGUGAAAGCUAGCGAGCAAUCCAAAAUUGUGCGAGGCUUCCAGAUGAAGCUGGGCAAGGUCAGCCGCCUUAUCUUCCCCAUUGCAUCCCAUGACCCCAAUGAGCUCUCAGACUUCACACUUAGGAUACAGGUCAAGGAUGACCAGGAUGCCAUUUUGACCCAAUUCUGUGUCCAGACACCACAGCCUCCUCCAAAAAGUGCCAUCAAACCGACAGGGCAGAGGCGGUUUCUCAAGAAGAACGAGGUCGGAAAGAUCAUCCUUUCACCUCUGGCUGCUACUGCUAAGUAUCCAGUUUUUCAGGACCGACCAGUGUUGAGCUUGAAGUAUGGCAAGCUACUGAAGACAGUGGUGCGGCAAAGCAAGAACCACUAUUUACUGGAGUACAAGAAAGGAGAUGUCGUAGCCCUCCUCAGUGAGGAGAAGAUCAGGUUGAAAGGGCAGCUGUGGACCAAGGAAUGGUACAUUGGCUACUACCAGGGUAAAAUAGGCCUUGUGCACACCAAAAAUGUGCUGGUGGUUGGGAAGGUCAAGCCCAGCUACUUCUCUGGGCCAGAUCUCACCACCAGCUUGUUGCUUGAGCAGAUCCUGAGAUCCUGUAAGUUCCUGACCUACAUCUAUGCCUCUGUGAGGACUCUGCUCAUGGAGAACCUCAGCAGCUGGCGGUCCUUUGCUGAUGCACUGGGGUACGUGAAUUUGCCGCUCACGUUUUUCUGCCGAGCAGAGUUAGAUAGUGAACCGGAGCGAGUUGCCUCUGUUUUGGAGAAGCUGAAGGAAGACUGCAACAACACUGAGAACAAGGAGAGGAAAUCCUUCCAGAAGGAGCUGAUGAUGGCUCUGCUAAAAAUGGACUGCCAAGGUCUGGUCGUUCGGCUCAUCCAGGACUUUGUGCUGCUGACCACGGCCGUGGAGGUGGCCCAGCGCUGGAGGGAACUUGCUGAGAAGCUCACCAAGGUCUCCAAGCAGCAGAUGGAUGCUUACGAGGCCCCGCACCGGGACAAGACAGGGGUGGUGGAUAGCGAGGCCAUGUGGAAGCCAGCAUAUGAUUUCCUUCUCACCUGGAGCAGCCAGAUGGGUGACAGCUACCGUGAUGUGAUCCAGGAGCUGCACACAGGGCUGGACAAGAUGAAGAACCCCAUCACCAAACGCUGGAAGCAUCUUACGGGCACCCUGAUCCUCGUCAACUCUUUGGACAUACUGCGGGCAGCUGCCUUCAGCCCGCAAGACCAUGAGGAUUUUGCCAUCUAGCUCCUGUGGUGAUGUUUUUGUCCACAUCCUCUUUGCUGGGGUUUGUCCUAUGUUUUUUUCCCCACUUUUUUAAGCAGUUGACUUUAAAAAGAAGUGGAGGUUUCCCUCCUUGGGUUUUAAGAGGCCAAAGUUUGCAAGGUCUCCACUGGGACUGGAAAUCAGCAGGAGACAUCCCUCCUUGAUGGGAAGGCAUCCAGAGGGGGAUGGCUUUUCUUAUGGCAUUGAUACCAAUUAAACUAUUUCUUACUAAAAAAACUUUGAAGGGGGCAGGAGGGGUGGGGAGGGAUCACAAAAAGAGAUCAUGUUUUUUAGGCAUUUACAAAUAAAAGUCUAAUUUUUGUAAUGAGCAGUAAAGAUUGUAACCACUUUAGGGGGAAACUGUGGCUGUUUUUUUUACGUUAUAGAAACCACUUUUAAAUUAUCGUUUUUGAGACAACCAUGAGUCAUGUAAAUAGGUAUUUUAAGAGGAAGCACAGUAAAUGCCCUUCCCCACCCCACGGUUAGGCUUUGGCUAACUCCCAGAUGUGACUGUAAAGCACAGUAUGAACUUGGGAUUUGGGAUGUCUGCAGCCCAAUGAGCAUCUUACACCAAAAGAGAGCUGCUGCUUUGCUUUUUUUUUUUUUUGCUGUUUGUUUUUACACACCCUGUUGUUUGAUUUUUUGUUUUAUUUUCAUGUCUCUCCAAACAUGGAUUUUCUCAUUUGCGGACAAGAAGAUGCUUGUUGCCUCUUGUCAGAUGCACGGGUACUGUUUUAACCAGGGGAAGCAGCCACAACCCCUUGCGUUUCAUCCUGCCCAGGUGCUGCGGGACAUCUCUGGAAGAAACUGGAGGUUUGAGGUUCAGCAGAGACCUUGGGAGAUGGAGGAUGGUCAGAGUGGUUCACCGUGCCAUGGCAGCAAACUCUCCAGAUGCUCCUGCUCUGGGGAAGAGGUCAGAAAAAGGAAGGGAACUAUUUCAAUCCACAUCUCCAUUUAUACACAUUUGAGAUCUGAGUUCAUUAGAGGUGCUCAGAUGCACUACAUGACUUAACACUCAUUGCCAUUGAUAUCAGAGGGCUUUGAGUGGGGCUCUUAAAGACUCCUGAAGUCCAGUUUAACUUGUAAAUAGUCUUUGCUAUAAACCUGGUGCCAUCAAGCUAAAUAUUUGCAGCACCAAGUGCCCGUAUUUUUCCCCGUCUGUUUUAUAGUUGAGUCUUUUGAAUGGUUCCUCCUCCACCUCCUCCUUCCCAGCUUUCAAAUAUUGUACGUGGGAGGGAAAUAUUUUUGCACAGAAGGAUUGUUUUAAGUGCAAAGUCUCUUUAUAGUGAAAUGCUGCUACCAAGAAAGGUUAGUUGUUACAGGAUGAUUUUCUUUCAGGUUAAUAAAAAAAAAAAAGAUAAUGGGGAAGGUAUCUGACAGAUAGUGCUGGUACAGCAGCCUCGAAAGGGAACGGUCUUCUUUCAUCUUCCCAAAAUCAUGUUCCCAGAGUCGCUCUUGCUGGAUCCCACAAGAAGUAAAUAGCACCUUAAUUUCUCCUCAGGGGCUUUAAGGAGUUUCCUAUGCAACUUGAUGUAGCACAGAGAGAGGGUCCCUCUGCAACCGAGCCCACUACGUGUCCCCUUUCCCUUUCCUGAAGGUGCCCUAAGAACACAUUUUUUCAUGCACGAGCAAAAAUCUCAUUUGCUAUAAGGAAUCCUCCUGCCAGGGCAUGCAUGCAGGCAGAGGGACAGCUUUCUCCCAGCCGUUUAUCCAAAGUCGAAUGUGCUGUAGGAGGGGCCGGUCCAUGCAGACACUGGGGCUCUGCAGAACGGCUGUGCCAGGGACCCUCGAGGGUGUCAGCAGCAGGUGAGGGCAGGAGUUUGAGCCUCCUGUGUUUCAGGGAUGCCCCGAAUAAUUUCAGUAUUUUCUUUUUUUCUGUUAUUUCUUUUUUUUUUUUUUUUUUAGAUCCCCUUUGGUUUUUCUAACUACCUCAGGUACUCUGUAUAUCCAGCUUAACAUUUCAGCAGCAGCCUAAGCCAGGCUGUGCUCAGCUCAUUGACAGUGUGCACCCUCCCUGAGACUCGCGGAGCAUGGCUGGCAUGUUUUGGGGCCUGUGGGGUGACUGCUGUGUUAAUUUGUCCCUGUCCUCAGUCUGAAAUCUGGUCCCUCCUCACAUGCCAGGACUGGGCAUAUGUCCUUCAGAUGCCUUCUGCCCACUAAACAUCAAGUCCUUCUCCAAAACUUCGGUCUGGGCUUUGCAUUACCACUCUGUGCAGUAACUGGUUAUUGUACUUACUGUUUAAUGUUCUUUUUUUUUUUCUUUUUUAAAGAGAAAAAUUUUUGGAAAAAAAAUACUAUUAAAGCUGUUACUAUUCCAGUGCUCCUGA